AUGGCCACCCCCGACGCUCGCGUGCCCAAGGUCAUGGAGGUGCUCAUCGACGCCAUGAUGAACCUUCGCGCUACGGAGACCGAGGGCAUCUUCCGAGUACCUACGUCGCUGACCGAGCUGGAGAUGCUCCGAAAGCAGUUCAACUCGGGCGAUUACGCCUGCGCCGCCAUGAGGGAUGCGCACCUGCCCGCGUGUCUGCUCAAGUUGUGGCUGCGAGAUCUCUCCGAAGCCCUCAUCCCCGACUACUACUACACGAACGCGCUGUACUGCGAUACGGUGGAGGACAGGCAGCGGCUGCUCAAGUCACUGCCGGAGGAGAACCAGAACGUGAUCGUGCGCCUGUUCGAGCUGGUCUACACCCUCUCCAAGCACUCGGCCGUCACCAAGAUGGACCUCAACAACCUCGCCAUGGUGUUCUCGCCAUGCUUCCUGCGCUGCCCGGCGAUGGACCCGCUGGUGGUGAUGGAGAACCUGCCGCGCGAGGGCAUGUUCGUGCGCGGCUCCUUCGGCGACUACUGCAAGGCCCGCGAUGCGCUCGCGGCCGCCACCGCCGCGGCCGCGGCCGGUGAGCAGGAGAACAAGGAAGCCGCCGACCAGGAGGCCAGCAAGGUCGAGGCCUGA